AUACUUAUCCCGGAUAUUUAGAUACCACACUUUACGUAUUAGAUUUAAAUAAUUAUGAUUGAUAUAUUCCAAAAAUUUCUGGAAAAAUCCCAAAGCCUAGAGCUUAUCAUAAAGCAAAUUUAAUUGGAAAAUAUAUGGUUAUAUCAUUUGGUCGGGGUUAUGAUAAAACAGUUGAAAGUGAUAUAUUAUUGCUUGAUAUUAGUAAUAAUUAUGAAUAUAUAUGGACGACAACAUUUGAUCAAAAAAUGCCAUCCUCACCGCCAUCACCAUCAUCAUCAUCAUCAUCACUACCUUCGUUAUCACCUUCACCUUCACCUUCAUCUCUAUCAUCACCAUCUAAUAAUUCAGGAAAAAUAGCUGGGAAUAAAAAUAAGCAAAAACAAAAAACUAUUUAUGAAAAUGAAAAUGAUAAUGAUCAUAGUCAAGAAGAAAAGGAACUUUCCACCAUAAGAGAUAUUCAAUCGGCAGUAAUUAAUACUAAUAAUUAUAAUUAUGGAAUUUCAACACCUAAUAAUAAUAAUAGGAUAUCAUCCCAAUUUUUAAAAGAUGAAAUUAUUCAAGUUAUUAAACAAGAAAUUGGCCAAAAUUUGAAAAAUGAAAUACUUCGAGCUGUUGAAGAGGAGAGGAGAAUUAAUAAAUAA